UAACUUAAUGACUCUCCUACUGUUUGUAUGAACAGUGAAAGAGGUGGAGUAGAGAGUUCUCACAGCCCUAAGAAGCAAACUCUCACAAUGAGCUGCAUCACAGCAUCUUAACAGAGACAGACACUGAAACCCAGCGUCUCAUUCUUUAAGGGUGUAUAUGUUUUGUUAGAUUAGUUUAAAUUAGUUUAUUGUAUUGCAACAUACAGAUGUUUAACAUAGUCUCAGCGGUAAAAGUCUUCUGUCUUGGCCACAUAUCAGAAAAACUGAUUCACAAAGUGAGUUUUUAAUUUAAAUAAACUUAUUCCAUACAUCAGACGUGAAGCUGUUUUAUUCUGAAACAGUAAGUUUUACUCUGAGAUAGGAUUUUGGCAUGGACGUGGAUUAGAACUGACACAUUCAACAGUUGCUUCAGUAAGCGUUGUGCCUGGCAUUAACAUCACACAGACCAAUCAUCUGCCUUUAAUCUGUCCUCCUAUGGUGUAUAUGUACGCAAGGGGUAAUUAGUUGUUUUAAAAUGACUGAAGCUGUACACAGGAGGGAGUCUGUCUGCGUCUAAGAAAGUUUCUGUGAAAGUAAGCCAAGCAUGGUGACUGUUGUUGCUUCAUGGCAAUACAUAUGCAGGAUUUUUAACUUUUUGAUACAAGUCUAAAUAAUAUACAUUUUUAUGCAACAUCUCUUUUUCUGAAUAAAGUGACCAUUUAGCAUAUUAAUGAAUCCUAAAUCACUGUAUUUAAUUAACAGUAAAGUAGAAAUUGUAUGAUGCUGUUGUGUUGUCUACAAAUAUCACCCACACUGAGCCUCCAAAGCAGGACCAAUAUAAACUACUGUAACAACAGACAAGGAACAGCAGGAAGUCAAAAAGGUUAUUGGUAUAAUUAUUAUAGUCUUUAUUUCAUCAGGUAAAUUCAAUUUAGACUGAGAUCUCAUUUUCAAGGGAAACCUUAGUACAUGUAAACCAUUUAUUAAAUGUUUUUAUACUGCUUAUAAAUACUAGAGGUACUUGAGAGUGUUACCACAAAUUGUAAAAAUGGUCACUCAGUUAAAGCAAGUACAUUUAAAAACAGCGUUCCUAAAAGUUUCCCACAUCAAACCUAUUACUCUGGUAACUGGCUUCAAAUGAGGCGCAACGUUCUGAACUUGCUAAUGCCAAGUUAUAAAUAAACAGUAACACAACAUAAAAAUGCCAAACUUACAGAUUACAAGCUUGAGGUUGGUAUUGAUCCAUCCUUGGUUUCAGUUUUAUAGCAAAUCCUGGUUUGUAACGUUACUUGAUCUUGAUGAAAAAGCAGUCUGUAGUAAAAUUGUUAGCGCACACAGUUUUCCAGUUGUUGUGAGGACAUUUCCAUCAAAGUAAAAGUGUGUCUUCACUUCACUUGCGCACUUGCACAUCAGGGUGUUAGGAGUCGCCGUUAGCAAGGAAAUAAUUGCAAACAGUGAGGUAGAUUCUCUUUGCAUUCACUCUGUGGUUCGAUUAAAAUGUAAAUAUUCUGCCCAUUUUAUGUUUGUAAGUGGAUGGGAGUGAUUGAAAUAUGUUUUCACUGUAAGUGUUGCAAUAUAGGGGUCAUUUGCAGAGAUACAGUGAUUCGGGAUGUAAAGUUGGGGGACCAAUGGCCCCUUGGACCCCCUACUCAAUGUGUGAACAAGUCUUGGGACCAGGUUUGCAGGUUGGACCGAAGUGAAAGAUUUCUUGUUGUUCGGAUCCAAAACGCAGAGCUGAAAGCAAACACCAUGUUCAGGUUUUCUCUAAUAGUCUGUGUUUCUGUGAUAUAUGGCAUCACAGCAAAGCCAUAUAAAUCCUGGGAUGAACCUGCAGAUGAAGCAUUCCAGGACACCAUUAUGUACAAAGAUGACAAAGGGAAGAUUUCCUGGGGAAUCGAAGUGGAGCCUCCAGAGGACAUGGAUAGGACGGACUAUGACAUCGACCCUCAGAUGAAGAUUUGGAAGAGUAUGACAGGCGGUGGACAGGACCAACAGCCCCUGAAGGCCGAAGAAGACUUGGAUGAGCUGUACCAUCCUUCUGUGGCUCAUCUCCUCAAAGUUCAAAUCCAAGACCUGGAUGCCCACCCUGCUGCCAACAUCCAGGCAGAGUACUCGCAUGAAGAGGCCGACAUCAAGUACAAUCAGGAACCAGAGGAUAAAGAUGAUGUGGACCACCCUGUUUUCAUUAAGGUGGCUUCAGAAGAACCCGAGCAGGACUGGGAUGAAGUCUCCCGCAAAGCGAGGGAGGAACUGUAUGGAUAUCUGGCUCCACUUGUGGCUGGAUACAAAGCUGGUGCAGAGGUCCGCGUUGCACACUCCGAACCAGAAGAGGACAUGGACGACCUGUACCACAAAGAUGUCCUGAAGCCCAUCCCUUACCAAGUUGAUACUAGAGCUGCCGUUCCUGCUGAUUUGCCAUUUCCGAGAAAGCACAGCGAACCAGAGGAAGAUCUGGAUGAUCUAUACCACCUGUGAUCUUUCAAUAACAGCUCAACUUAUGUAGAUCCUUAUCAUUUCAAAUCAGAUACAGAUAGGAGACGGUGGCUGCAAGAGAUAAAUAAAUCAGAAGUGAUGAUUUGAAUCUAUUAAACUGUCCUCAGUGACAAUGAACAUGUCAAAAUCUCAAAGAUAAAGGUACUUUAACACACUCAUCAAAAACUUGAUGGGUUUUAUUUAUUGAAAUGUAUGUACAACGCAGAAGUUAUUCACAUGAAUUCUGUAAACUGAAGAUUACUCAGAUCGUAUUUACAGUAUUAAUUACACAUGAACAAGAAUAAAUUGUGUUUUGAAUUCA